AUGGCGGAUUUCACUCCUUCCACCGAAAGAAAAUGUCAUACAUGCAGGAAAGAUGAGACCGCGACCGAUCGUCUGAAACACUGUGCUCGUUGCAUGUCGACCACCAUCCUCUAUUGUUCCCGUGAAUGCCAGAAAGCUGAUUACAGAGUCCACAAGCAGACUUGCACCACCAAGACCCAGUCUACUGCGGCAACGGAAGCCUCCGUGGCUGAAACUUCUAUUGAAACUUCCCCCAAGCAAAAGGCCCUUCAAGUUAACAUCGAACAGCCGUUCUACCAACUUGAAGCAGGAAAAUGGCUUUGUGAUCGGCCUGAAGAAGACGUCUACAAGCUGUUGAUCGAUGCCUAUCGUUUGCGAUUGGACGAUGACUACAAAUUCGGGGGCAUUGCCGACCGGGACAGCAUUUAUGGUGGCGCAAAUCACGGAAAGAUGGGCUUUACUCGAUUUCUGAGGCUGAUUGAGCAGAAGCGGGGACUGCUUCCGGACUGGUGGUCUCCUAGCAAGGCCACUGAAUGUGUUCGCUAUGGUUCCAGUGUCGAUCCGAGCUUUAACCUCCGCUGGUGGAGCGACCUGGCUAACGCAAUUACCAAGUCAGACGUCGCUGAGCAUUAUGAGGACCUCUUUAUGCCCAUACAGCUGCGGUUGUUUGCUGAGGAGGUUUAUGGAAGAGGUGCAGGAGGACUUCCCAAGAUUUCUUCCAUGUUACAAUCCCUUACACUUUCAGGUCAUCUUUGA